CCAUACAUGAUGGUUGGGUUCGGUUCGAUCAAAUUUGGGUUCGUAUUGAUCGUUGCUUUAGCAAUUCAGGAUAGUAAACAAGAUGACGAAUUCUUCAACUCAGACCACAUUUGCCAAAUCUGCAAAUGCGAGGAUAAGGACACAGUGUAUAUUCUAAACUGUGACGAUCAAAGAGUGGACAAAGUUAUCGCCGAUUGGCCGUCAAAGACGAAGGACCUUUACGCUAGCUUUAGCCGUAACAACAUCGGCACAUUAAGGAAACAACCAGCUACAAAUAGUGUCUUAGAAUUAGUUUACUCAUAUUGCCAAAUCGACAAAUUAGAAGCCGAAGUGUUCUCCAACACACCUAACCUACUCUUCCUCGACCUAAGCCACAAUUUGCUCGAGAGCGAGGACAUAUACGAAAUUGUGUUCAGGGGACCGUACGUGAACGGCACUUGGAAUUCUUUGCCGUUGACAGGUCUUGAUUUAGCUUACAACAAAAUACACACCCUCAAACCAAAUGCAUUCAAACUUCUGCCCAAUUUGCAAGAGUUGAACUUGGAGGGUAACGAUUUUAGAGUUCUCGAUAUCGUUACACAAGGAGUCCUAGACUCCUUAGACAAACUAGAGAGGCUGAAUUUGGCUCACAACGAACUGACGGAAAUUACCGGAGGAACUAUAAGGAACUUGAAAAAUUUGGUAGAACUGGACUUGUCGUACAACGCCUUAGAUUUCGUACCUUUUACUUUGAACGAACUCAGUCAAUCUUUGGAGAAAUUGAAUCUUGAUGGCAAUCCAAUAUUUGAAUUAACCGAUAAAUCUUUCAUAGGCAUUAGAAACUUAAUCGACUUGUCCUUGAACAACAUGGAUAGGUUGGAGACAAUUUUGCCAAACACCUUCACACCUUUGAACGUUCUCCGUAAACUUCAACUAUCCAACAACCCCCUGUUAAAAAUAGUGGACAAAGAGACCUUCUCUGAACAUACGAACCUCGUGGAAGUCUACAUGAACAACAACUCGUUAAUAAACAUUGACCGGCACUUGUUGAACUGGCCGCAAUUAAAGAUAUUCGAGUUCAAAGACAAUCCUUUGACGUGCAGUUGUGAUCUGCUCGACAUCACGGAGAAUUUGAAUAGCAGGAUCACCAGAAAUUUGGACGGACCAACGUGUUUCGACGAAAACUUCGCUAAAUCGCGGCAAGUCUUUGAACUCAGCAGCGAGAUUUGCAACUCGAAACCGGAGAACUCCCCUUAUCACAGGGAAAAAGUGGACAAAGGUUAUAACACAAUGAAAAUGGCAAUGAUCACUUUGACCAUUAUCCUUGUUAUUACGGGACUGACGAUUGGCGGAGCCAUUUUCUACAUGAGAUACAAGAAGAGAAAUUAUCCAUUUGUCAGCGAAAUCCGAUAUAAUCCUGUUGCUGCUAUUAUGUAAUAUAUUUUUUUAAUUUAAAUAAAGCUUUUUGUUGUUUUUGUA